UUCUCCAAUUUUACGAGUCUACGACUUUUCAAGCUUCAACGUACCACAGGCACAAACGCCGAGUCCCUCAAAAAUCUUUUCGGACCAAAUAACAAUCUUGUUUUUGUGGAGUGGAAAAACUUGGUGGGAUGGAGGGAGAGGCAGAGAUUGAUCGGUUGCCAAUAGACCUCUUGGCGCAUAUAUUUGUUCUCAUAACUUCCUUCACUGAUUUGGCCCAGGCAAGCGGUGUUUGCCGGAAAUGGAAACAGGCGGUGAAGCAGUCUUUGGGGCGGAGGGAGAGUUUGAGCUUUGCAGGUUGGAAGAUGGAUGAUGACUCCACAUCUCGUUUGCUUCGCUCUGCUUACAGCCUUAAGGAGCUCGACAUUUCAAGGAGUCGUUGGAGUUGCCAGAUAACCGACAGUGGAUUGUACAGAAUAUCUAUGGCAAAGUGUAUCAGCAACUUAACAUCAAUAUCGCUAUGGGGCAUCACAGGGAUCACAGAUAAAGGUGUUGUUCAACUGAUAUCAAGAGCUAAUUCCUUGCACCACCUGAAUAUCGGUGGCACAUUUAUCACAGAUGACUCGUUAUAUGCCAUUGCUCAUAGCUGUCCGCAUUUGAAGACUGUCAUCCUGUGGAGCUGCCGUCAUGUGACCGAGACCGGCCUCUUUGUUCUUGUAAAAUAUUGCCGCAAGCUUGAAUCCAUCAAUUUGUGGGGGACGAGAGUUCCUGUAGACUGCUUCCUUGCUUUGAUCACUAUCAGUCCAGCUCUACAGAUAAAACCGCGAGGACUGUCGUUAAAUGUGGACGCUUCUAUGUUGCCCAUUGUAUAAGCCGCCCAUUCACAGUAAGUUCUUUCGACAUUUCCGUAUAUAAUUUUCGUUCUACAGCUCAAGGCCCUCGAUGGGAGGUUGGUUGAGGUUAAAUUGUCAGCUCAAUAUCCUUGUUCUGUAUAUAAUUCACAUGAACUACCACCACCUAUAUUCUUUUGUGCAAGGUGUGAAUAAGGGUUGAAAUUCAAAACCCAAAAAGAGAUGGGACUAAAAAGUGAUUGGCAUGAUUGUUUAGAUCCGACUCCAAGUCAGAUAAUCAAGUAUAGACGAGUGAUUUCUGCA